CACGUAUAAACACCUCCCACUCUUUCAACACACAAUUAUUCCCUCCACCGGAUCUAACCCUCAGUCUCAAAUCUAAACAGCAAAGUUCAAAUUCACCAGUUGGUUUAACAAAUUCGUCAUUAUGUAUCGCCAGUCUUUCGCACCUCCCCCGGCGCACUCGCCUCCGCUUCAUCACCCUGUGCCUCAGCAUGUCUCAACUGUACCCAUGAUGCGUUCGCCGCCUCCUCCAACAUCUCAGCAACCGCAAUCCUCGGCAUAUGGCAACCCUUACCAGCCGGAUAUCGCACAAGGCGGCAGUGGGACGUAUGCCCCUGGAUUUGGCGGGUUCAUUAAUGACCCCACGGCGCAGAUGGGGUUUCAUAUGGGCAAAACUGCGAUGGCGGCAGGGCAGGAAUAUAUGGAGCAGAACUUUAACCGCUACGUAUCCAUUCCAGCCCUCAAGCACUACUUCAACGUCUCAAACUCCUACGUGAUCAAUAAGCUGGGGCUUGUGCUUUUCCCAUGGCGACACAAACCAUGGUCUCGACAGCAAGCACGUCUUACCACUGCCUCGACCGGGCCUGAUGGCCAGAUUUCGCACCAGCAAUAUUCGUCCAUGUUCCUACCUCCGCGUGAUGAUAUCAACUCGCCUGACAUGUACAUCCCUGUGAUGGCCCUUGUCACAUACAUCCUUUUGUCGGCUAUGUUGGCGGGUUUCCGUGGGAACUUCCACCCAGAACUCCUUGGAGCGACCACCACCACAGCAAUCGCGGUCAUCGUAUUCGAAAUCAUCUGCCUGAAGCUCGCCAUGUACAUCCUCAGCAUCAACAACGACUCCCAAUUGGUAGAUCUGGUCGCAUAUUCUGGCUACAAAUUCGUCGGAAUAAUCGUCACCCUCGUUGCCUCCGAGAUCCUGACUCCUGGGAGGGGAACAGGUAGCUGGGUCGGAUGGGUAGCAUUCAUCUACACGUUCCUGGCGAACGCAUUCUUUCUUCUUCGUUCCCUGAAAUACGUCCUUCUGCCCGACUCCACAAGCGACUCAUCUAUGCGCACCGGCUCAAUGCACACCGUUGCUCGCUCUCAGCGCAACCGCCGCACGCAGUUCCUGUUUAUCUACUCCUACGUCAUUCAGUUCAUCUUCAUGUGGGUGCUCAGCCGUGAAGGGCCGUCAGCAACUGCUUCGGCCUUGGGCAACGGAAUUUCGUCCUAG